UCCCCAGCUUCAGUUUGCAGGUGUCUCAGGCAAGGAGCUCCUCUGUCCCCAGACUGAGCCCUCGAGGGACUCCCUAGUCAGAGCCAUGCAGAGUCUCAGGGCCCUGCUGCUGCUGACCGCCUGCCUGGCGGUCACUGCCAACCCUGUGCCCACACUGCUGGACGACAUCCAAGUGCAAGAGAACUUCAGCUUGUCCAGGUUCUACGGGAAGUGGUUCCAAGUGGCCAUGGGCUCCACAUGUCCGUGGGUGGUGAGGUUCAAGGACAAGCUGACCAUGAGCACGCUGCUGCUGAGAGAGGGAGCGACAGAGAGGCAGAUCAGCACGACCAGCACCCGUUGGCGGAACGGGGUCUGCGAGGAGCUGUCUGGGUUUUUUGAGAAAACAGACACGGAUGGAAAGUUCCGCUUCCACAAGUCCAAAUGGAACUUCACCCUAGAGCACUAUGUGGUCCAUACCAACUAUGAUGAGUACGCCAUUACUCUGACCAAGAAACUCAGCCACCACCGUGGACCCACUAUUACCGCCAAGCUCUAUGGGCGGGAGCCGCAGCUUCGGGAAAGCCUGCUGGAGGAGUUCAGGGAGUUUGCCCUGGGCUUGGGCAUCCCCAACGACUCCAUCUUCACAAUGGCUGACAGAGGAGAGUGUGUCCCCGGGGAGCAGGAACCAGAGCCCACUUCACCCCCAAGAGCCCGGCGGGCUGUGCUGCCCCUGGAAGAGGAAGGAUCAGGGGCUGCGCAAUCAGUACCUAAUUUCAACAAGAAAGAAGAUUCCUGCCAACUGGGCUACGCAGAAGGUCCUUGCCUGGGGAUGAUCAAGAGGUAUUUCUACAAUGGCUCGUCCAUGGCCUGUGAGACUUUCCAAUUCGGCGGCUGUCUGGGCAACGGCAACAACUUCGCCACUGAGAAGGAGUGUCUGCAGACCUGCCGGACUGUGGCGGCCUGCAACCUCCCCAUAGUCCGUGGCCCCUGCAGAAGCUUCUUCCAGCUCUGGGCAUUUGAUGCCGUCCAGGGAAAGUGCAUCCCCUUUACCUAUGGGGGCUGCCAAGGCAACGGCAACAAGUUCUACUCAGAGAAGGAGUGCAAGGAGUACUGCGGCGUCCCUGGCGACGGAGAUGAGGAGCUGCUGCGCUUCUCCAACUGACCGGUCAGUCGAAGGCCACAGGUCCACGGCCAGAGGAUGGCAGGGAAGCUGCGGACCAGUGUCUGUUCCAGGGCCCCACAUUGGGCAGGCCGGGCCAAGAGACCUGGGUUCAAAUAAAAACCAAAUCACAGACUCCUGCAAUUAA